ACGAUCCGUGCCCUAGAGACAGAGAGCCAGUGAAUGAUCCGACGUUCUGCGAACCUGAAGUUCGUUCAUUCUCGUAACACGUUCUCGCCCCCGUUUUAGGUUACUUCGUCCGUCAGACAAGGCAGGUUCUCCGAAAGCCUCCUCCUAAAAGGAAUCAGCGUUUACAAUUCAAGAGUCACCUGGGACCGCAAGAGUAUGAAGUUACCAAUAAUUUGUACUGCAGUUUAUUGUUUAUUUAGUGAGAGACAUUCUUUGUGCAAUAAACUUAUGAUAAAACUCUAAUUAGAAUCAGUGAUAAAAAAAAGUGUUUUAUUUUUAGUUUAUAAUUUUUGUGUUUUAAGUUAUUGUGGUUACAUCAAGAAAUAUUUAAGACAAUCGGCAAUAAGGUGAUUUUUAUGAACCUGUGGACUGAAAGUAACUAAAAUUUUUGAGGUUGAGUUGUUAUAAACCUGUCGCCAAAUAUGUAUUCAUUUGCGUCACCAUAUAACAAUCCCAGACAAUUUUUAAGAAGUGAAGACGACCUGAAAAGACCUAAAGUAGGGUGGAAAAAACCUGAUCCUGGGGACUGACAAAUGCUUAUACCAGCCAAGCCGGAUAGAUGAGAGCGUUUUUAGCAAAAGUACAUCUGCACAAGGACAAAGACUGUUAUGCACUUAUAUCGUUUUAGUUCUUUUAUAAAAUAAUGGGCCAGGAAAGAUAUUUCCCGGAAUUUUAAUUUUUUUUUUCCCGGUGACGCACUGUGACUGGUGUUCUUGUGGCAGGCUAUAGUUUCCUUGGUAAAAGUUCUUUGCAAGUGUAUAAGAGACUAUUUGAAGAUGAUUGCUUCUCCUAGUGUUAAGAAAUUUACAAUUCAAACAAGCUCUCGUGAAAAAUCAUUUUUUGACAGCAUUCACGAUCAGAAUGCCAAUGCUGACAGGGAGCCACUACGAGAUGGAAAAUCUCAACAAAAUGGCAAUAUUCGACAAGAUGUGUGCACUGAUUAUAUCAAUUAUGGAACGGAAGAUAAGAUGGAAAUCCAAGGUUUCGUGAAAGAUAAAGCAAGGACAGUUUUGAUCUGGGUAUUUAUAUUUUUAACUCUCGGUUUGCUAAGGCUUGUUUUUCACUGGUGGCCUCAGUGGAUGCUUUACGCCACCCAUAGACCAUGCUCAUUGGACAAAGCUGAAAAAGUUCUAGUCAUUGAACGCUACCAAGAUCAGCAUAAAUGUUAUUAUGUGGAGGACGUUGCAUCAAUAAAUUUGGAAUCUGUGAGAAAUGAGAUCAACCAAGAUGACAACAAUAUUUGGGACCACAAUCUUUUAACAGAGAUAGACAAAUUUGAUAAGUUAACAGUACAUAUUUCAAGAGGGAGGUUUAAAGAAAUUGAUACCUUGAAACUUUUCACGUGUAAGAAAAUGAUAUAUUUUUGGGACCCUGAUGAUGGCAUUUUUUACCAAGUCCGAGGAUUAGAUUGGGAUGUCAGUUUAUCGGUUCUACACCAGCAAAAAGGACUGUCCGCCACUGAACAGUACAUUCGGAGGGUUGUUUUUGGAGCCAAUGAAAUUAUUGUGCCAAUGACAAGUGUCACUAACUUGUUCUUCCUGGAAGUACUAAACCCGUUCUACAUUUUUCAAUUAUUUUCCUUCACGCUUUGGGCUGUUGAUGACUACAUCUUUUAUGCAUCUGCAAUUUUCAUAUUGUCAUGCAUAAGUGUGGGAUUCGCUGUUAAGCAAACACGAAAGAACCAAAAGAACCUCUCUAGCAGGGUCCAUUCAAGGGAUGUCGUUAAUGUUUUACGUGAAGGGAUGGAAACCGAGUCAGUCGUCAUAUCUACAGAGCAGCUUGUGCCAGGGGAUGUCAUAGUACUCCCACCUCACGGCUGCAUCAUGCAUUGCGAUGCGGUUCUCCUCACUGGAAACUGCAUCGUAAAUGAAAGCAUGCUGACAGGGGAAAGUGUACCUGUUACAAAAACUCCACUGCCGAACAACUCGAACACGGAAUAUGAUGAGAAAGAGCAUGCACGUCACACUCUGUUCUGUGGAACACAAGUGAUUCAGACAAGAUAUUACGGCAAUGAAAAGGUUUUGGCAGUAGUAGUUAGAACGGGAUUUUCAACAGCGAAGGGGAAAUUAGUCAGAUCCAUUUUGCACCCUCCGCCAGUCGAUUUUAAGUUUGAGAGAGAUUCAUACAAGUUUGUUCAACUUUUGGCUUGCGUUGCAGCUAUCGGUGUUUUAUAUACAGUUGUCACAAUGGCCAUUCGUCGAAAUCCUUGGAGUGAAAUAAUACUGAAAGCACUAGAUUUGAUAACGAUCGUUGUUCCUCCAGCUUUACCAGCUGCUAUGACUGUCGGAAGGAUGUAUGCCCAAGCAAGGUUGGAAAAAGCGAAUAUUUUUUGUAUUAGUCCUAGAACAAUAAAUGUUGCUGGUUCAAUAAAUUGUGUCUGUUUUGACAAGACAGGAACUUUGACCGAGGAUGGGUUGGACAUGUGGUGUGUAGCACCAGUGCACAACUCAAAGUUUCACCUUCCUGUUAAAAAUAUCAAAAGCCUCCCGCCAGAUCAUUUGUUGAGGUCAAUGGUGACAUGCCAUUCCAUAACAAUUAUCGAAGGCAAUCUAGCUGGAGAUCCAUUAGAUAUUAAGGUAUUUGAAAGUACUGGUUGGACAUUAGAAGAACCAGAAAUUAACGAUGCUGCUAAAUUUGAUCUUAUAUCUCCAACUGUGGUAAAACCAGGCCCUGAAAAUGUGGUGCCGGAAUCCCCAGAUGAGAUCGACUUUGAAAUUGGUAUUGUGAGACAAUUCACUUUCUCUUCGAGCCUUCAAAGAAUGAGUGUUAUUACUAGGACACUCGGUGCUAAUACUUUCACCCUUUAUUGUAAAGGCUCACCAGAAAUGAUUUUAUCGCUUUGUGAUCAGAGCUCAGUGCCAUCAGAUUUCCAAAGACAGCUUGAAAUGUACACUAAGGAAGGCUACCGAGUGCUGGCUUUAGCAUACAAAGAUUUGCCGCCUAGGCUCAGCUAUGCAAAAAUGCAACGAUUGUCAAGAGAAGAAGCUGAAAGCAACCUGAUAUUGCUUGGUUUGGUAGUCAUGGAAAACAGACUAAAACCCCAAACUUCUCCAGUGUUGCACAUGCUCAGAGAUGCCCAAGUGCGAACAAUUAUGGUCACAGGAGAUAAUAUGCUGACAGCGCUAAGUGUCGCUAGAGACUGUGAAAUGGUACCCCCAGGUCAGACGGUUAUUAUGAUCCACACAACCCAUCAUAAUCACAAGCCUAUUUUGUACUUUACUCAAUCGACUGGUGCUACAACACCUGAUACAACACAUGUAUUAAGUGAAAUGAGUCAAAUGACAGCAACAGAAAGCCUGACAAGUUUGCAGACCAUUGGCUCCAAUAAUUUCAACCAUAUUCCAAACGGUACAGCAAGAAACAGCGUAGUCACUGAAUUACCUUUCGAUAUCAACAUUGAAGAUCAGAUGGGUACAGACUACUCUUUUGCCCUCACUGGCACUACAUGGAGUAUUAUAAGGUCUCAUUAUCCAGAACUUGUUGGUAAAAUUAUUACAAGGGGAUCUGUGUUUGCAAGAAUGUCACCAGAUCAAAAACAACUUCUUGUCCAAGAACUUCAACAGCUUGAAUAUUUUGUCGCAAUGGUCGGUGAUGGAGCAAACGAUUGUGGAGCACUCAAAGCUGCUCAUGCUGGCAUAUCACUGUCAGAAGCCGAAUCGUCCGUUGCUUCUCCAUUCACAUCGAAAACACCGAAUAUCAGUUGUAUUGUUGAAGUCAUUAAGGAAGGAAGAGCUGCUCUCGUUACUUCGUUUGCAAUUUUUAAAUACAUGGCUGCAUACAGUUUGAUGCAAUUCGGCUCAGUGAUUAUCCUAUACUCGAUCGAUUCUAACUUGACCGAUGUGGAAUAUUUGUACAUUGAUCUAUUUGUGAUUACAACUUUUGCAUUUGUUCUUGGAAAAGUCAAAGCGUAUCAGGGUCCACUUUAUCCAACACCGCCUCAGUCUUCACUUAUUUCUAUAUCUCCAAUAUUCUCAUUACUCGGGCAGAUGAUAAUUGCGAUUAGUAUUCAGUUCAUUAGCUUUUUCUGGACAACUAGUAUGGACUGGUACAACCCUCCGAUCAACCAUAACAAUCUAUUUAAUAACAGCAGUGGGCAAGAUUUUAACACGACUGAUGAAUCAUUUCUGGAAGUAACAGUUGAACCUCUGGAGCCUACUGGUCUUAGUGCAGGAUAUGCUAAUUAUUCACUCUUUACUGUAUCGAGCUUCCAAUACAUUAUAUUGGCACUUGUGUUCAGCAAGGGUGCACCGUAUCGUAAAUCGUUAUUCUUGUCUCCAGUCCUCAUGGGAGCUACAAUAAUAAUUACAGCAUUCUCAAUAUAUCUUGUCACCAAUCCUUUCGAUUGGCUUAAAGAAUUAUUCGAGCUCGUACUUCCUCCUUCUGACAAUUUCAAACUAAUGAUGCUACUGCUCGCCUUCGUUAAUCUCGUUCUGGCGUUUGUUUUUGAAAGAAUAAGCGACCUUUUAAGGAACAAGAUUGAAAAGAAAAGGUUUAUGCCGUAUGAAUUAAUAAAUCAAAGUUUAAAAGAAGAUUAUUUGUGGCCUCCAAUCAGCAAUGAGCCUCCCAGAUUCAAUGAAACUUCACCCACUUUGCCUGGUCCACCAGCCACCAUCACAGUUGUAAACACACCACCGGGAAAAAAACGAUUAAACAGUAUUGGUCCAAAUAGUGUGAGUGAUUUGCAACUAGAGAAAUUUUCGACUCCGAUGAGAAGCGUCGUGAGUCUGAUGAACAACAAAAAUGUCGGGCAGUCGGAGGACAGCCUAUCGGGUUACCAAACACCCCCAACUAGUCUCGGCUCUCCUCAGAUGACAGCAAAGUCUCAUGUAUUGUAAAUCUUUCUAAUAAGACUUAAUUGAAGUGGAUUCCAGCUGUUCGAACCGCUUUGGGUUUUUGGAACAGCAUACAAUGCAUUUUAUUUUAGAUUUAAGUCGCAUAUGGGAGUGAAUUUCUGCAGUGUAACUUGAUUUAUAGGAAUUUAGGUAAUGUCGUUUUAAUAAUAAAAUGUAACUUCAUAUCCAUUCCAUUAGACUUAUACAUAUUUAUUAAUGUGGGUCUUCCGUCAAAUUUACUUUAAACUUUUGUACUGCAAUUCAAUUUUAAUACUUUAUUAGGAAAUUGUGCACAUAAUUUAGUCAGGGUGGGGUGUUUAGUCAGAAUUUAUCCAUAAAAGUCAAUCAUUAUUUUAGAAAAACAAUAUUCAGAUUAUUGAUAUUUAAGUAUGCGAUGGGCACCUAAUAGAGAAUGGAAAACAAUUGUUAAAAUAAUAAAAUCCAAAAUUCACAAUAAUAUUAAAGGAAACUAAAUUAUACAACACAAACAAAAUCAAAGUAAAGAAAACCACUUUGAAUUGUUAUCAAAUGAAAUCUGUAUUAAAAACCCCAAAACCAAAUCUUUAAAGAAAAUUAAAUAAGCCAAAUUUGGUUGAAGCUCACCAAGAUAAAAAAACCGAUUUUUUUAACAAGAACCACAAGGCAGGUCUGUUUAGAGCAAGGCUUGAAACACACCUGUCGAUGUGUCCAUCCCUCUCCCUUCUCCCCCACCGAGCGUCCAUUGUGACACCCAAAUUUGGAGCAAUUAUGAGGGUGACAAGAAUAUUCUAUUUUAUUAGCUUCUUGCACUUUUAAUUUUACUUUCUGUAGGUGAUAGUUAUUAUAUUUUAAGAAUGUUGUAUUGUGAUCACACAACUUACUAAAAAAAUUAUAUUAAACCUUCCUUUAUUUUUAAGAUUUUAAUUGUUUAUAAUAAGCUAAUAAACUAAAGAAACUUAUACAUUUAUUAAGAAUUUUCAGUCAACUAUUUUAAGUUAACACAUCCAACUGGCUGGAUUACUUAAAAAUACAAGCAUUUUCAAUGCUUUUAUUUGUAGUAUUUUUAAUCAGCACUGAUCACCAACUGAAGAAGAAAAAACAGUAUUAUAAGACUUAUUUUUUUUAAUCAUGAAUUAUUUAUUUAUUUAGAAUUUACUAAUUUCCUAUUAGGCCAGUAUUUCUUAACACAUAAUUAAUUUGGUCACUACUGUUAUCAUUUGACAUUUUGACUAAAUAACAAGAAAGGAAUGGAAAAUGUUAUACAUUCCAUCUUUUGACAUUUCAGUAGUUAGCAUUCCGAAUAUAUUGGUUGGUUAAUUUUUUUUAAAACAUCAUAUUUAAGCAUGAAUUAUUCCCAGGCUGUAUUUUAUAAUUUUUUAUAAUUCAGAAUUUAUCAUUUUAAUGUAAAGAUUUGCAAGGGUAAACUAGUUUCUGUUGAAGAUUAUGUAUUUUAUAAGAUGAUAAUGCUAUUGUAUUCUUUUCUUAUGAUUUUAAUCUCUUUUUCAAGAGUUCCUAAAA